AUCAAAUCCACUGGUUACGAGAUUAUGCUGUAUUCUUUUUGUUUAGAGGAAGAGGUGCAGUGUAAGAUGAUAGAUGGGGUAAAAAGCUGUUCUCAGUGUAUGAAGCGAGGCUGUUCGUAUGAUGCUGGUUGGAUUCCCGUUUCUUCCUUGUUCUGCAUUACUGAUGAGCUGGUUUGUCUGAAUAGUAGAGAGGUGGAGAAAGAGGAGCGUCUGCUGAAGCAUCAACAAGAGUUAGCUGAUGCUUAA